AUGCGGGUUCAUUCGCUUUGUCGAGGGGUCCUUCUGGUCUUCUUUGUGUACUUGUUAUUCGCAGCGAGCUUCUGCCAUGGAGAUGAAAAGACCAUAGAAGUUGUGGGGGUGGGAGAAUGUGCUGACUGCAAGGAGAAUAACGUUAAAACGAGUCAGGCUGUUUCCGGGCUAAGGGUAACCAUUGAUUGCAAGCUUCAAAAUGGAGAAAUAAAAAGAGUGGGAGUUGGAGAGCUUGAUAAAGAAGGAAAAUUCAAGGUUUCACUUCCUGAGGAGAUCGUUCAAGAUGGAAAACUCAAAGAGGAAUGUUAUGCACAGCUUCAAAGCGCAUCAGCAGCACCAUGUCCAGCUCACAAUGGCCUUGAAGACUCUAAGGUUGUCCUAAAGUCGAUAACCAAUGGAAAACACACAUUCAGCCCUAACGGAAAUCUCAAAUUCUCCACUGCAUUGUGCACUUCUGCAUUCUUGUUGCCAUCACCUUUGCCCAAAAUUCAUCCAUGGAAGAAACACUUCCAUAAGGUUUACCAUCCACCAUUGAAAAACGUCGGACACCCACCUCUUCCUCCACUUCCACCAGUUUACACAAAACCACUUCCUCCCCCAAUUCCCAUUUACAAAAAGCCACUUCCUGCGCCCGUCCCCAUUUACAAGCCGAAGACACUUCCUCCUCCCGUCCCCGUCUACAAGCCGAAGCCACUUCCUCCUCCUGUCCCCAUUUACAAGCCGAAGCCAAAGCCUCCAGUAAAGCCACUUCCACCACCAAUUCCAAUCUACAAACCAAAGCCAAAGCCACCACUCUGCAAACCCCCACAUCCACCAAAGCCACCACUCUGCAAGCCCCCACAUCCACCAAAGCCACCACUCUGCAAACCAAAGCCAAAGCCAAAGCCACCAGUUUACAAACCUCCGGUUGUAAAGCCACUUCCACCACCAGUUCCAAUCUACAAACCAAAGCCAAAGCAACCAGUUUACAAAUCUCCGGUGGUAAAACCGCUUCCACCACCAGUUCCAAUUUACAAACCAAAGCCACCAGUUUACAAACCUCCAGUGGUAAAGCCGCUUCCACCACCAGCUUCCAUCUACAAACCAAACCCAAAGCCACCAGUUUACAAACCUCCGAUAGUAAAGCCGCUUCCACCACCAGUUCCAAACUACAAGCCAAAGCCACUACCAAUUCCAAUUUAUAAACCACUCCCACCAUUCUACAAGAAACCCUAUCCUCCACCCCCUAAGCUUCCUCCAUUCCACCAUCCUAAAUUCGGCUCCCUCCCUCCUUUCAUUCCUCAACCAUAG